AUGCGGGUUUGUGGACACCGCUUCUUUAGGGUAACAGUUCUCUCACGACUUGUUAAACCGGCCUCUCUUCCGACGAAUGACCCAGCACCUGUCCAAGGAUUUUAUUCCUCCCUGCAAUAUGACGACUUUGGUGCUCUCGAUGUUCCGGAUUUGGCGACAAAGCUUCUCCCAUUUCAAAAAGAGGGUAUUUACUGGAUGGUGCAGCGAGAGCGCGAUCACGUUGGAGGGAUCAUGGCAGAUCACUUGGGAAUGGGAAAAACUGUACAGAUGAUUGGUUUGUGUCUGUCUUCACAACAUUUUAACAGAGCUGUCAAUCAAACCCUUCAUCGGCAAAUGCAAUCGAAAGCUAAUAGCUAUCGUUUGCUCACUGUUAUUCGACAACUACAACGCAUAAGUAUUGUUGCAAAUUGUUCAAGGAUCAAUCGUCCAGCCAUGGAGCUUCGAUCUUUAAUGAGCAAAGUCGAAGAGAAUGCAAUUCAGAGUGAUGAGGCAAUGGCUUCUGUUCGUCAAGAAGUUGACAAAUGGCUUACGUUUGCUAGCAAAUUUCAUCCUUCGUAUGGAAAAAGAGCAAUGGCGUUUCUGGAUGAUGAACGAAAAAGAUCCUUUGAUAUGAUUGAUUCGAAGGAACUUCGAACCCUUGUUGUUGUUCCUGCAGCUCUGAUGUUGCAAUGGAAAAGUGAAAUUGAAUCUAAAGUGAAAUCAUCUCGCGGAAUAAGGGUUUUCUUGUAUCACGGAACAAACAAAUUAGUUACGAAUACAGAGUUGGAAUUGUAUGACUUUGUUGUUACUACCUAUGAUACCCUAACAAACUCUGCCCAAGUCGCAUUAACACCCAUAUUCGAUGAUAAGAAUAUGUCCUUUAACCGAAAAGAAGCGGGCCCUUUGUUUCAUGUGAGAUGGAAACGCAUUAUUCUAGAUGAAGCACACAUGAUUCGUCACUCUAACACACAGCGUUGGCGAGCGGUUAAAGAAUUACAGGGACUUCAUCGGUGGGUUGUUACAGCUACACCUCUUCAUAACACAAUUGAAGAUAUUCAAAAUCUUCUUCAUUUUGUUGGCUUACCUCGCCUACCUUUGCUUCCAGGCUGUAAUCCAGAAGAAGUUCUUAAUGAUCCUGUUUUACAGCGGGGCAUAGCUCGUUCAAUACAACCUGCUUUUUUGCGGCGUGGGCCAGUCAUGAUUCGUAAUGGAAAGAAUGAAGUUUUAGUUGACCUUCCUCCCAAAACGGAAACCGUUGUGAAGAAGCGUUUUUCUAUUCAAGAGUCAAAACAAUACAACAGUAUCCUUGCUCGCUCAAGAACAGCAUUGGCGACUUCAGAACGCAGGGAAGGUGCUUUUCAUAUUUUUGCCAUGAUGACGCGUUUGCGACAAGCCUGUUGCCAUCCAUGGAUUAGCGAAGGCCGCGCACUGUCUGUCGCUGUUUGCGGCAUUUGUAAAAGCGAGGCGGUGUCGGCGGUAACUACCAAAUGUGGCCAUUGUUUUUGUCAUGAAUGUCUUCUUUUUCGUUUUCGCGAGGCUGUUGAUGGCGAGGAUAUGGCUGCAAGACUGCCUUGUCCUACAUGCGGAACUACUAUCACCAACAGCUCUAUUUUUAGAAACAACACCCUUACCUCCGCAGAACGUAUUGUAAAGUUCAAAAAACGUGAAAUGGUGAUGAGCACGAAACUACGAAUGAUAUUGGAUUCUAUUGAUGCGAUGAGGAAAGGUUAUCCCAAUGACAAAAUGAUUAUCUUCUCACAUUUUACUUCCUUUAUGGAUGUGAUAUCUGUGGCUCUUGAUGGUUUGGAGAUUUCACACUUACGGUUGGAUGGUACAAUGACACUGAGUAAUCGCAACGUCGUCAUUCGUCGUUUUCAAACAAGUGACGAUGUCCGUGUUAUUCUUGCUAGCAAAACAGCAACUGGAGUUGGUUUGAAUCUUACGGCGGCGAAUCACGUAUUGGUGGUUGAUCCGUGGUGGAACCCUGCUAUUGAAGAGCAGGCAGUUCAUCGCUGCUAUCGUAUUGGUCAAAAAAAGCAUGUACAUGUUACUCGUAUCAUUAUUGAAGACACCAUUGAACAGUACUGUUACGAGAUUUGCCAGAGGAAAAAAGAAUUUGGGGAUGCCAUCUUGCGGGCGGCAACCAAGGGAGAUUCUGCUGCCUCGAUGGCCGCUUCGAAACUCAGGGAAUUGCUGUCACGACUAAAUUAUGUUCCCGAGAAGGACAAGGCGAAAGUUCAAGCAACUGAGUCUGAAAUGGCGCAUUGA